AUGAUGGUGUCACGAAUAAUCCUGCUUCUUAUACUCCAUAAUGUCAAUGGCGAGUUAAUUGCCUCCCAAGUAGUAAGUGUUUUCAUUACUAUCUACUGCUUUAUCUAGUUUACACGCCAUGGUCAACGAUUUCCGACUGAUUUCAUUCGUUUUCCAACCGAAAAAAACACAAAGGUAAAUGAAAUAUACGAGCCUGGAGAGUUGACCGAAACCGGGCUCAAUCAGGAAUACGAACUGGGAUUCAACUUAAAACAAUACUACGGUGAUUUUCUCGGGAAUACCUACAGACCAUCCCAACUGAGAGUAUGGGCAGGGAAUGACAACAGGACCAUCACCAGUGCUCAGGUUGUACUAGCCGCUCUUUUUCCCCCCAGGGCACAACAAGUUUGGAAUAAUCAAUUGAAAUGGCAACCAGUGCCGGUCCAUACUCAAGGAAUUCUGGAUCAGGUAGACGCGGAUUGAGUGAAACUUCCGUUUUUGGCCCGCCCACAAAAAAUUUUUCCGUGCUGCUACCCGGCUUUGAAAUGAAAGUUUUUUGUUCAUGUUGACGGAAACUUUGCGUCAAGUGAUGAUCGGACUAGAACUCAAUAAAACACCAAUGAUAUCGUCUUUUUCCCACUUUAGACAUCACCCCUACUUUCUCGUUCUCAACCUACAGUCUGCAAAAAAAUCAAGACAUUAGAGUUAGGGUUCGGACGGGGUAUAAAUAUAUCCGGGUAUAUACCCAAAUACCCCCAAAGCCGGGUAUUUUCGGGUUUUUAUGUGGAAUUUUCCGAAGCACUUUUGCGUUAAAAAAUGUGAAAAAAGUGGAAUUUGGUCAUAAAAAAUCAAUGAACGCUGUGACUAAAUGUCAAAUUAUGACAUUUAGUCAUAAUUUGUUUGUUUUUUGUUCAAAACGUGGUUUUGAGGUCGAAAACUAGUUAGCCAGUUGCCGGAGUCGGAAGAUGAAAUGGAAAAAGAAUUAAAUAUGACUGCGAAAUAUUGGACUUGUUAAAUUGUUUCAUUGUUUAAGUACUCGUUCUGUUUGUUGUAGUUGGGAAGAUCAAGAAUAUCACUCCAAACAUGAUUUAGUUAAUGAUUAAGUUGCAAACGACUUCAUAUUCGUACUAUACUGGGCUAAUUUAGGCUAAUUUUACAAAUACCCAAAUAUACCCGAGAUUUCGGGUAUAUACCCACGUGGUGAAUAUACUCCAAUUUUCCGAACCCUAAUUAGAGUGGGCCAAAACACCGAAGUUUUUAUGCUCUUGAUUACAAUUAAUUACGUUGAAGGUGUCUUUCGGAGCUUUGGAUUACUGUCCAUCAUUCCUGCACGACCUGGUGAACAGCACAGGAAAUGUCAAGUUCAUGGAAUCACUGAAGCCGGAGAUUCUUGUUCUUCAGAAUCUGACUGGUAUUAAUAUUACAGACUUGAACAUUCUCCAGAAGGUGGUGGAUGCCCUGGUCUCCCGUUCUGACAUCCCCGAUCUUCUUCCUCUUCCUUCCUGGGCCAAUGCUUCUCUGAUCUCUUUUUGGGAGGGUCUCCAUCAUAUUUUCCAUCAGAAAUUCAUCACUUUAAUGAAAGAACCGACCGGAGGAUGGCAUUUUAAUCAAAUUAUCAGUGAGUUUGAUAAUACAUUGAAUCAGAGGACCAAACACAAGUUCAUACUUUAUUCGGGACAUGACUCCAAUAUGAUGACAUUGGGUAUUUACUUGAAUAUCUCGGUGAUUAAGGAGAAAUUGCAGCCAGUUGGAAGUUACCUGGCUUUUGAUUUGUCCAAGGAGGGUAAUGAAACUGUCAUAAGAGUAAGUUUUCUUUCGGAAUACUCGUCUUAUAUAUCACAUUGUGGUUACUCUAAUUAUAGGUGUUCUUACACAAUAAAUUGAAUGGCUCAAGGGUUCAUUUAAAGAUCGACCAAUGCCCCGAGCCCUGUUUCUACAAGACUUUCAAGGAUCUUGGAGAUCCUGUAUCUACCAUCGACUUCGUAUCUGCCUGUUUGGGCGAGGAUAUUACUGUAGGAGAUGAUCAGACCGUCCUUUACGGAGUCAUAUCUAGUGAGUAGUUGUAGAGUUGACAACACUUUUAAAGGUCUCUUAAUAGUGGUUACCAUCCUGUUGGGCACCGUAAUGGUGUUGUUAUUUAUGUCAAGGAGAACGUGGAAAAAAAGGUAUCAUAGACUGGCCAAGGAAGAGAGAAGACCGUUGUUACAGCAAUCAUAG